AUGAUUUUAAGUCCCUUUUUGCAUUUAAAAUUUUAUCCAAAUUUAUAUUCUUCUGUAAGACGGAUGAGAAGCUUGCGACCGCUUAUUAAAAUAGGUAAAGAGAAAUUUCAAAUCAGCAUAGAUGUACAUCAGUUCAAAAAGGAGGAAAUUCGUGUAAAAGCUGUUCCAGAAUACGUAAUCAUAGAAGGGAAAUUGGAACGUAAAACAAAAAGUGGCCAAGUCGUGAGGCAAUUUGUUAGGAAAUUCAAGCUACCAGAUGGCUGCAGUCCUAGCACCAUGAAGUCGGAACUAUCUUCGGAAGGCAUAUUAACAAUAACAGCUCCGAGGAAACCUUACGACGUUAAUUUACCUUGUGAGACCUUAAUCCCUAUUUCACAUUCAGAGCGAGAUAUGAACAACGAAGGCCCCUUUAUUCCAGUUGAAGGAUCUGAAUCGAAAAAUGUGUGUAACGAUAUACAGAAAGGGAAAAAAGACAACUGA